GUUAUUUACUUUUAUGUUGUUACUAUCAAGUGAUCUAUCUCUUUAAUGUUGACUUAUUCAUAUGCAGUACUUAUAAAACUUGAAUAUUAUUUAUACAUUGUGAUUGAUGCUGGUGUUGUCAAUUAAUUAUGUAUUAUGAUUAUUAUGAUUACAACAUUAACAUUAGUUUACUGAUGAUAACCGUCUUCACCAACUCUUAAGGUCGAAAAUUCUAAAUUAAAUUAUAUUGUUAUUUUCUUUAAUAUAUAAAUUUUCAUCGCUAAACUGCAUUUCUUUCUAUUCUCAUGUAUUUAUUUACAUGUACUAUAUAUAUAUAUUUAUUCACGAGCUGCUAUUUAAAAAAAUCUUAGCUAUUUAUUUAAAGCUACUAAUUUUUUUCGAGCAGGAGUUGUGAAAAAGAAUGAAGUAUUUAUUAUUCUUCAAAUAUCUACUUCAUUCAUUACAAAACUUGAUUUUUUAAUGUAUAUAUCAUUUUAUGAGUUAUUCAAAACCAGGAUUAUUAAGAAAAUAUCAUAACAAUUCAAAGUAUUUGAGAAAUAAUCACGAAAAAAAGAAAUUUGCAGAUUUUUCAUAGUCAAUCACACAAUAAAAAAUAUCCGAAACUCGAUAGGGAAGGAGUCAGCUAUUUAAAUAAUUGAUGGUUUUAAAUAACUACUUGAAUCAAUUAGCUAUGCUGUUUAAUUAAAAAGCAUCUCUUUUAAGAAACUACGAAUAUUUUCAUCUAUCUUAUGGAACACAUGUGUUUUUAGAUAUCUAUGAAGCUGAUAUUAAAUAAAUCACGCAUUUCAAAACGACCAUUAUUAUUGGUAGUUUUCUGUGUAUGUCUUUUGACUAUUGUAGUUUAUACAAAUUCUAUUAAUAUUUGUCUAUAUAAUUCCAAUAUUUCACAUAAUUAUACAAGUAAAUAUCCAUAUAUAGCAUUAAUUGUUGAUGAUCGAGCAACUCAAUUACUUGUUAAUGCUGUUAUAAAUGUUUUACAACAUAUUCCAAUUGAUUGGAAAGUACAAAUUAUGACACCAUAUCAACAUUGGUUAUUCUAUAAUAAAUCUUCACUUAGUUCAUUAAUUCAAACUA